GAACAUGUUUCUGUAACUGUGUAAAUGUAAUCGAACUGCGUUUAAUAAACGUGAACUUUAUUAUUAACGUUUUAUAAUGAAAGAAAUGUUUCCUCCAACUUUGACAUAUGACGCAUGCGCAAUAGUAUGUUUUUCGUCUAAAAGGUCACGAACUCUGACCCUCCUAGUAACAGCACUUACAGUUAAAUUAAUACUUUUAGAGGGUAAAUUAACAUAUUAUAUUAUAGCACUUUUAGCGGAGAGGAUAAUAAUUAAUACGGAUACGCGCAAACCUCGUUGGAGACAUUUCGAGCCAGUAACACAGGAAGAGAGGGCGUGUUUUGAAGCUGUUCUAGGGAGAGCUGCUGCUAGCUAAAGGCUAACUUAGCUCGUUAGCACUCUCGGAGCUUCUCACGUGGUACUCAUGGGUUGUUGUUGAAGAGAACAGUGGGGGCGGAUGUAAUAUCACAAUGGAUGGACAAACUCAAAGAAUUCAGCUUGUGUCAGCAGAUGGCAACAUGGCUUUGGGUCACAGAAUUCAGAUUGUGACUGAUCAGCAAACAGGGCAAAAGAUACAGAUUGUCACUGCCCUGGAACCGCCUUCUCCUGGGAAACAGCAGUUUAUCCUUGCAAAUGCAGACUAUUCAUCCAGUGGAAAGGUCUUAUUGAAACAGGAAGGGUCACCUAACAAGGUCAUCCUCGCUGCCCCAGACAGCUCCGGGGUUAACCAGCUGUUGUUUGCUUCUCCUGAUUUGGCUGGACAGCAAAUUCAGUUUGUAACAGAUGGGUCAGAUCAGUCCCUUAUCAAGCCUGUUGUUGAGUACUGCGUUGUUUGUGGGGACAAGGCAUCAGGGCGCCAUUAUGGAGCAGUCAGUUGUGAGGGCUGUAAGGGAUUUUUCAAACGCAGCAUUAGAAAGAACUUGGUGUAUACGUGUCGGGGUUCUGGCGAAUGUGCCAUCAACAAGCUCCAUCGAAAUCGCUGCCAGUAUUGUCGGCUGCAGCGAUGCAUUGCUCUGGGCAUGAAACAGGACUCCGUGCAGUGUGAGAGAAAACCUGUUGAAGUCACUCGUGAGAAAUCAAUGAACUGUGCAGCCUCCACUGAGAAGAUCUACAUCCGCAAAAAUCUGUUUAGUCCACUGGCUGCCACUCCAACUUUUACUUCUGACAAAGAAACUGCGAGGUCUGCAAGUUUGUUGGAGUCCAGCAUGUUACUCAACAUCCAACAUCCAUUCCCAAAACUGGAAAACACCAUUUUGAUUCCUACAUCUCCAGACAAGGAUGACCCAUCACAAGGAGACCUAGGUACUCUGGCAAAUGUUGUGACGUCUCUGGCCCACCUCGAUAAGACACGAGAGGAGAGUGAAAGUGGCAACGAUUUGCUUGGAGUGGAGACACUCAGCAAUGGUGAUAGUUCAAUCACGGAACUUCAAGAAGACCACAAUACAAGUGACAUCACACGAGCGUUUGAUACCCUGGCUAAAGUCCUUCAUCCUAAUGAGAGAUCAGCAGCAGACACUUUGGAGGCGGCAAUGCAGUUAAUGGCAGGAGAUCAGUCUGGCCCUGUUCUGGAGCUGAAUGGGCCUCUUCUGUCUGACAGCCACAUCCCCUUUAAACUCAUGAUGCCUUUGCCUGUGCCAGAGUACCUCAAUGUCAACUACAUAUGCGAGUCUGCCUCACGGCUUCUUUUCCUUUCUAUGCACUGGGCUCGUUCCAUACCUGCAUUUCAGGCUCUAAGUGGUCAAGAAAAUGACAUCAACUUGAUGAAAGCCUGUUGGAAUGAGCUGUUUGCCCUCGGCUUGGCACAGUGCUCCAAUGUAAUGAACGUUGGUACCAUCCUAAGUGCCAUUAUUAACCAUCUUCAGACAAGCUUACAGGAAGACAAACUGUCCCCUGAACGAGUCAAAGUCGUAAUGGAGCACAUCUGGAGGAUGCAGGAGUUUUGUAACAGCAUGUCUAAGCUGUCACCUGACUCUUAUGAAUACGCCUACCUGAAAGCCAUUGUUCUUUUUAGUCCUGACCACCCAGGGAUAGACAACAUUUCACAAAUACAGUUCUUUCAAGAGCAGGCCUACACAGAACUACAGGACUAUGUCACCAGGACCUACCCUGAAGACUGCUAUCGGUUAUCCAAGCUGUUGCUGCGUCUCCCGGCCCUGCGGCUGAUCAGUGCAUCUGUCACUGAGGAGCUGUUCUUUGCUGGACUCAUCGGAAACGUUCAGAUUGACAGCAUCAUCCCAUAUAUCCUCAAAAUGGAGUCCACUGAUUAUAACAGCCAAACUGUUUCUGGCCUCUGAACUGCACAGUUUGACACUGAUUUAAUGAUCUGAUGAAAACUCAAAAGGACCCUUGUGACUGGUCAAUGUCAACUUUUAUUUUAUUUAAAUCUUGAUGAGGAUCUGGCUCCUGGAUGUCUCCGUAACAAACUUUUGACAUUUGGAGAGUAACAGUUGAGGGUAUAGACUUUUUAAUGGUAGUAUAGUGUUUUAUUACUCGUCUCCUCUCAGUAUUUCCUUUUGGCACAUCUCACAUGAGAACUGAAGGACCUGUUUCAUGCCAUUUUCAUUUGUCAUAAUGUGAACUGAUUUGUGUACCUAAUAUUCUUAAAGGUUUAACCUUUAUUUUCUAAGUGCUUGCUGAUCCAAAGGAUUACAUUUGCUUCUAUUGUUAAAUAUUUUACAGAAUAUGAAUAUUAAAAAAAAGAAAAAAUCUGUACAUAAUUGUGUACAUAGUAACAAGAAAGGCUACUGUGGCCUCUUGUAUUAUGCUUUCUGGACUAUUCAUGUGAAAAUGAUUUUAGAAUAAAGUACUUAAAUGGCAUGUCAUGCAGA